AUGGACGAUGCGCUGAGCGACGCGUUUGGCGACGCGUUUGGCGUGGACGACGGCACUGCUGCCUCCAAGCAGCAGCGCCGAGAAGCGAGGUUUCGCGCUGCAUUUGACAAUGCGCGAGCGACGUAUGAGGCAAAGCAGGAUACGGACGCGUGGUUCUUCCAGGAUCAUGUACGCAACAAGCCGACGGCGGUAUGGGACGCGGACGAGAUGGAUACCAAGACGACGGCGCGAUUGUGUGCAUGUACAACCUAUUUAUAUUUUCAGGGGAGGUACGAGGCUGCGUAUGCAUGGAGCACGGCCAUGCUUGGGCGACUCCAUGUGGUGUCGGAAGCAGACGCUUGGGAAGCUUCCAUCCCUGUGCAGCGCGCCAUGCAUCGGGACAAGACUCAAAAAGCGCUUGCAUCUUCGAGUUUUGCGCGCGAAAUGCUCGACACUGUGCUGCGCUGCAUGCUGCAUCUUCAUACGGGGCGGUGGACGUUAAGCGCACAAGACAUUGCGAUGAUCGCAGCAGGAUUUGAAAAGAUACGGCUCGCACCGACAGAAUAUGCGGGCUUGCAUGAGCAUGGUAUACCGAACGAUAAUGCGCUGAAAACCUGUAUAUGGACACCGCUCCCAGGCUUGGCCGUCACUGUUGGCGACGUGUGCAGUCGAUGUGGACGAUACGAUAGUGCUUUGGAGGCGUACGCACUUGCACUGGGCGUACGCAUACACUGGCGCACGAUGCGGUCCGCCGCUUGCGCGUUAUCGCGCCUGUGUGCGUCGACGGGCAUGGCUGUGUACAAGGUGACGGCACAGGCUGCACUGGCGUGUGCAUUGCAGUCGUGCCCUCUCGCACAACGUGUAUUUUUACAGAAUACACUACUACCUGCGCAUUUGCCUAUGCCGCUUACAGGCGCUGCACAAAGCGUCUUGGCCGACCCGCACGCCGAGGAUGCGAUGCUGCAUGCAUUGCUGCAUGCUACGCUACGGAACGAGGCAGCGCUAGCGCUAUAUGUGGCGCUAAGAUCACGAGGAGGUAUAUACCUCCUGUCUAUGCGCCUCCCUUUCUACCUCUCUCCUAGCGAGAACUCGUCGUGGACUGCGGAUGACGAUAACGACGUAGCAGGACCCCGUAGCGUGAAGACCUUGUAA